CAAACCCUUCAUGUUCUCUUAAUUCUUCACCCUCUAAAUCCACUUCUCAUUUCAAAUCUUCUCCAUCAAUUCUUAUUUACCUGUUAAUUUUGUUCUUGUUAGCAGAACAUUUUAUGGGUGCCGCGCAAGUGCAAAACGGCGUCGUCGCCCCUUCCUCCGCUUCGAACCAAGCAACAGCCACUGCAACAGCAACAGCAACACACGCCGUCGCCGCUUCUUCCCCUGCUUUGAACCAAGCAACAGCACCUGCAACAACAACAGCGGCAACAGAAACAGCGUGUGAAGUGUCGAAGGCGCCGAAGAAGAAGAAAAUCUGUUGUGCUUGUCCUGACACGAAGAGGAUUCGGGAUGAGUGUAUAGUGGAGCAUGGAGAAGACGCGUGUGCCAAGUGGAUCGAAGCUCAUCGACUUUGCCUCCGUGCCGAGGGAUUCAAUGUUUGAGAAGAACUACAGGAUCAUGAUAAGUCAGGUUUUUUGUUGUUGAAAUUAGAGAAUAGGUCAAAAUAAAAUUUCAACGGAUUUAGGGUUUAUCAUAUUUUGCUUAAAAUUCUUAUGAUUUUUAUGAUUCAUAUACGGCUGUAUUCAGGAAAUUGUGUUUUUUAGACCUAAUACACCAUAUUGUAUCAAAAUGUUGGGGCAUUUGAUUUGAUUUAACUA